AUGCGCCUAGCUGCUGCUGCUGCUGCUGCCUCGCGCCGUCCGCGCCCUACCGCAUCCCACCGCGCGCCCGCCCGCAGCUUGCCCCGCACACGACCCGCCACUCCUCGGGCCACGCGCCCUGCUCCCGCGACCGCCCCCGCCGCACCCUCUCUUGGACCCGCCCCUGCUUCUCCUCCUGUGCCGGUGCCACCGGCGACCGCAGCUGCCGCGUCCCCGGCCGCACCCUCUGCUGCUCCCGACCGAGCACCCCCGGCGCCGCUCCACUGCAGGCGCGCGCCCGCCGCCCCACGUCUCCGUCUUGCCGGCCUCGACCAUGGCCUCGCCGGAGCCCGGUUCGGCUAUCGCGCCCCUGCCCCUUUCCUGUGCGCGUUCGUGCACAAGAGGGAGGUGGCCUGA